GGGAGAGAGAGAAAGUGGUUGAUUUGUGGUGAAGAGUAUGAUUGGUGGUGGUGAUCGAUGAUAGCUGGCAAGGCUCAGUCAGCAAACGCUUCAACCGCAUUCAUUCACGGUUCCAAGGAGUUUUCAGUUUCUGUCUUAGGGUUUGGUACAAGGCAAUGGAGCUUUCCUGAUUUCUUCUUUACCAGAUGCACAUCUGAGGAAGAAGGAGUAGUAGAGAGGCGUUGCGAUUAGGUCAUCGUCGGACAGAGAUCUGCUGCCUCGCCGGUGGAGAUGAGCGCCUCUAGGUUUAUAAAGUGCGUUACGGUCGGUGAUGGUGCUGUCGGCAAAACCUGCAUGCUGAUUUCCUACACCAGCAACACUUUCCCUACGGAUUAUGUGCCAACUGUUUUUGACAAUUUCAGUGCAAAUGUGGUUGUUGAUGGGAGCACUGUCAAUUUAGGGUUGUGGGAUACUGCUGGCCAGGAGGAUUACAAUAGAUUAAGACCCUUGAGCUAUCGAGGGGCAGACGUUUUUAUUCUUGCAUUCUCUCUCAUUAGCAAGGCCAGCUAUGAAAAUGUUGCCAAAAAGUGGAUUCCUGAACUGAGGCAUUAUGCACCUGGUGUUCCAAUAAUUCUUGUUGGAACCAAGCUUGAUCUUCGGGAUGAUAAGCAAUUCUUUGUAGACCACCCUGGUGCAGUGCCUAUUACUACAGCUCAGGGAGAAGAACUGAAGAAAGUGAUUGGUGCACCUGCCUAUAUUGAAUGUAGCUCAAAAACACAGCAGAACGUGAAGGCUGUUUUUGAUGCAGCUAUCAAGGUGGUGCUCCAGCCACCUAAGCAGAAGAAGAAGAAGAAGAAGGCACAAAAGACCUGCUCUAUAUUGUGAUGAAGGAAAGAUUAGGUUUAAUCAAAAAGAGAGAAGAUGACCUGCCAGCCCUCUGACUGCAGUCUCUCAGUCACUGUUAUCUCCUUUUCUCCCGAGGAAGCGGCAAGCCUUGGUGUAUAGUCUCGACUGACAUACUAGGGAUUUCUAUGAAAGCGUCAGAUGGUUUGUUUCUUGCUUUUUUACUCGUUUUCAGGAUCUGUAACUGGAUGACUGGCAUUCCUUGGUAAUAUGACACUUCUUUUGCUUUUGUGUUUAAAUUUGUCUCAUAUGUUUUAAUCAGAUAUGAGGGAGAUCCCUACUAUUAUAAAAACAACUGUUUUCUUGCAUCAA